AUGACAAUACCGCCGAAUAAUUUCAAUUUCACACUUCUGGACGAAGGAGAAAUGAGGAGGCUGCUUGGAUACGAGUCGAAAUCCAAACGCCUUCCCAUAUGCGGAACUUUAGGGAAGAAGUGCUAUGCUACCGCGAAUGAGGGAGGAAGUCUGUAUAGACUAUUUCCAAGUAGAAUGGAAUAUAUCGCAUAUUUUCUAAAUUACUACUUCAGCAGUGACAACACCAUUCAAGAUAGGAGAAUGCGACCCGCCCUGAUCGAAUAUUCGGGGUUGUCCGUGGUAGAGCUAUUGGAUUUUGGUCGUUUGAGGCUGGUUAAUACGCAACUUUGGGAGAUUAUCAGUGCCAUCACAACUCGUCUGCCUCAUUUGAAAUUCGAUAUAAACAAAUCGGUGGGACUUUAUGUCUGUCGAAAAGAUAAAUAUUACGCCAUCGAUGCCACCAUCGAAGAGUUAUUGGCUCGAGUGCAUUAA